CGCCAAGGUUGCGCCCACCAAGGUUGCGCCCACCUCCCAACACGACGCGCACGGUACUGUGAGUGAGCUCCCAGGAUGCCGGAUGCCGCCAUCUCGCCCUCGACCGGCUACGCCUGCAUCGCGGUUGCGAUCCUGGGCUUCGGAAGCAACUUUGUGCCCGUCAAAAAGUUUGAGACGGGCGACGGCAUGUUUUAUCAGUGGGUCAUGUGCACCGGCAUCUGGGUCUUUGGCCUCGUGCUGCAGAUCGUGCUCUUCUUCCACCCGUUGGGCACCACGCUGACCGAGGCGGGCGGGAACGCAUCGGCGGCAGAGAUCGAGCUGGCCGCCAAGCCGGACGCGUACUCGGUCAAGUUCUACCCGGUCGUGCUGCUCGGCGGCGCCCUCUGGGCGACGGGCAACUGCUGCGCAGUGCCCGUCAUCAACUCGAUCGGCCUCGGGAUGGGCCUGCUGCUGUGGGGCUGCACCAACAUGCUCACUGGCUGGGCCUCCGGUCGCUUCCUCAACCACGCCCUCUUUCCCGGCGUGCCCGCCGACGAGCUAAGGACGGAGUGGCUCAACGACGUUGGCGUCGCCUUUGUCCUCGUCGCGCUCGCGCUCUACACGCGCGUCCGACCCGAGGAUGGGCCCCCCGCCCCGCCCGAGCACCUGCCGCGCGGGUCGGCGUACGCGAGCGGCAACGUCCUCCUCGAGAUGCCUCCGCCCGAGGCGAUGGCGGCGGGCGAGGGGGCGGCGGCGCAGCAGCCGGCGGCGCCCAAGCCAGCGGCGGGCUCGCGCGGGGCUGCUGCGAACCGGCUCUUCGGAGUCGCGCUGGCGAUGCUGUCGGGCGUCUUUUACGGCGCCAACUUCACGCCGAACACGGUGCUGAUCGCGACGCGGCACGGCUCGCCCGAGCCGCUCGACUACGUCUUUUCGCACUUUUGCGGCAUCUACCUCGCGUCGACCGUCUACUUUGUCUGCUACUGCGUGGCGAUGCGCUCCGCGCCGCGUGUCUACCCGAGGCUCAUCCUGCCCGGCCUCCUCUCGGGCGUCAUCUGGGCCGUCGCGCAGACCUGCUGGUUCCUCGCAAACAACGCCGUCUCGAUGUCGAUCGCAUUCCCCAUCGUCACGUCGGGGCCGGGCGCCAUCGGCGCGCUCUGGGGCAUCUUUGUCUUUGGCGAGAUUCGCGGCCGGCGCAACUACUCGUGGCUCGGCGUCGCCAUCUUGCUCUCUGCAGUCGGUUGCGUCCUCAUCUCGAUCUCAAAGGGGUGAGGUGGGCGCGUGCCACCAGCUUGGCUUGGCACAAUGCAGGGGAGUUUGUGCGAGCAUCUGGGGACCCAGCGAAUUUCCCCAUUCACUUUAGGACCGCAAGGACAUUGGCAAGCGGUUUGUUUGGCUGUCCGGGGCUCUCAGUCUCACGACAUUUUUAGUGUGAACUGUGAUGAUCUUUUUUCAUGUGUGUGUAUUAUGAAUGUCUACUCCUACCUAUGUGCGCCGUGUUUGUCAGAGCCGUUUGUGAGAUCUCUCUAAUCUUUCUCG